AUGGCAACCAUGGCAACUGCUGUUCGCGAUAUCCCAAUGGCCUCCGACCGAGACAACUUAACUGCUGUAGCGGCUCGGAGUGUCCCUGUGACACGAUCUCACCCUCUUCCCCUCCCGACUCCCCCGAACUCCAUAUCUCCUGCUCUUCCUCCUCACGGGCUGAAGGCCCAGUUGCAGAAGGCAAGGCUCGAGCCCAUCGACUCCGACCUGGAUCUCCAGGACGGCCACGAUGACGCCGCGCAGUUUGAUACUGCCGGCCAUCCGUCCGCCCUCGGCUCUCCUCCGUAUGAUUCGGCAGGCGCCAUCUCCCCGGCUAUGCUUGCCAAGUAUCAUUUGCCGGAGAUCUUGCUGAACCACGGUCCCUUGGCGAUCCGCCAUGUCAUGGGCUAUCUCACGACAUCCGUCCCUGGAUUCGCCGGCAUCCCUCCGGCGAAGGCGAGGCGGCUAGUAGUAGGAGCUUUGGAAGGACGAGGCAAUGGUGGUGAAGGCGGCGGAUUGGACGGUGACGUGGUGUUUGAGAAGGUGGGCUGGGGUCGAUGGGACGCCCGGCGACGAGGUCAACCUCCGCGUGAUGCGAGCGCUCAGCAAUCCGCAGCAAGUACCUCACCCUACAUGACGGGAAUCCCUAUCGCACAGGGUACAGGGCGAAAUGCAGAUCGGUCGCGCCUCGGUGUGUCGGGGUCUAGCGCAGGCGACUCAGCCGCGUUCUCCCACGAUGAUCGAGACAUCACGAUGCUGGAGAAUGAGGCAGACAAGAUGUCUAUGGACGGAUCUGCUUCUGCAUCCUGCUCUGAGGCACCCGAUGAUGAUGUAGUGAUGAAUGACGAUCCUGAGGAUGUUACCGACGAUGAAGACUGGGCCGCUAUGGGGGCAGCUGCUUUGCGUGCUGCAUCCUAUUCGAACGCAGUUCAGCCGAACCCCUCUUCUCGUGUAUAUAACGGCGGCAUGCGAUCAUUCUCGGGCAACACUGGAAUGACGCGUGCGCCGCAGUUCGGCAGUCUCAACCUGACGGCGUUGGGAGGCACUUCUGACGCACAGGAGCGUGAGGCUGUUGAGGCUCUUCUCCGUCUUGGUUCUGUAUAA